AUGGCAUCAAGGGGAGCUCUUCUUGCCUUCUUCCUUCUUUGUUUGAUCGCUAUUGGACUCGACGUGGUGGUGCUUGUAAACCAAUCGGUGAGGGUGGCCCAAGAUGGUACUGACAAUUUUAUCACCGUCGGGAAAGCCAUUGCUUUCGUCCCUAAAGACACUAUUGUUGAAGAGGACAGCUACUUCAUCAUCUACGUUAGCAAAGGGGCGUACCAAGAGAACGUGAUCGUGUUGAAGAAUAAAAAGAACCUAAUUUUGAUUGGUGUAGGAACGGACCAGACUGUGAUCACAUCCAACCGCAAUGUUCUCGACGGCUGGAAAACCUUCAACACUGCUACAUUCGGGUCGGCGAAGCAACAGGCGAUGGCGAUGUGGAACAAUGCUGACCUCUCUAUCUUCUACUGUUGCAAGUUCCUCAUGUACCAGGACACACUCUAUGCACACUUACACUGCAAUGCUACCACAAGUACAAGGUCCACGACAUCAUCAACUUCAUAUUUGGGCUGCACUCAUCACUAUGGUAACACCAGCUUCUCCAUCCACAAUUGCACGAUAGUGGUGGCGUCGGAGCUGAUGGCGGGGAACUACUUGGUGAAGACCUUCCUGGGGCUGCCAUGGAAGGAGUUCUCGAGGAUGGUGUACACGCAAUCAUACAUCGAGGGGAUGGUGGAGGCAGCCGGGUGGAUGGCGUGGAAUGGGAGCUUCACAAUGAACACGUUGUACUACGAUGAGUACCAGAAUUAUGAAUCGGGUGUGCAACAAGCAGAAGGGUGCAGUGGCCAAGUCACAGAAUGA